AUGGAUAAGUCAUGGAUUUCAAAGCCCCGAAAUUCAAUUGAUUACUCCAUUGGUUUGAAUAAAUUCUUAGAUUUUGCUUUUAAGAAUGGAGCUGUAGGAGAUACAAUUCGAUGCUCGUGUCCAAAAUGUGGGUUUAUGAAAUGGCAAACUAGAGACAUAGUUGAGGAUCACUUACUUUAUAAACCAUUUCCUCAAAACUAUGUUAUAUGGGAUCUCCAUGGUGAAAAGGAAGCAUUGGAAUCUUCUCAAAUCGAAGAUGUUUUCCAAGAUAGUGGUGUUCAACCUCAAAAUCCAAUGGAAAUGAUGAUGAAUGAUGCAUUUGAACAAUACAGGCAACAUGCCUCAAAUAUAGGUGCAUCACGACCAUUAAAUGAAAAUGAAAUAUUAAAUGAUGAGUCAAGGGGGGAUUAUAAUGGCUUUUAUGAGCUUCUAAAUGAUGGGAGUCAAACAUUGUAUGAAGGAAGCAAAUACACAAAAUUGGAAUUUAUAAUCAAAUUAUAUCAUAUAAAAGUUUUGUGUGGAUUAAGUGACAAGGCAAUGACUAUGAUAUUGGAUUUGUUGAAAGACGCAUUUGAAGAAGCAAAGUUUCCUCCUUCUGUUUAUGAGGCCAAGAAAAUUAUUAACAAGCUUGGUCUUAACUAUAAAAAAAUUGAUGCUUGUCCAAAACACUGCAUGUUGUAUUUGGGAGAUGAUGAAAAAAGUUUGGGUGCUUGUAAGCAUCGUGGUAUAUCUAGAUGGAAACCCAAGAAGAAGAAAAAAUUAGCUGCAAAGGUUUUACGUUACUUUCCAUUAAAAGCAAGAUUGCAAAGAUUAUUCACAUGUUGUAAGACUGCAAAAGAUAUGAGAUGGCAUGUUUUGGAAAACAAUAAAGAUGGGUUGAUGAGGCAUCCAAGAGAUGGAGAGGCAUGA